UCUUCUGCUGGGAGGAGGAGCGGAGCAGAGGAGCCAGCGAGGGAUGCUCCCGCUUGCAACAGGCAGCAGCAGCACCCUCUCCUCCUCCUCCUCCGCCUGGCUGAGCCACACGUCCCCCGGAGCCUCGCAGGAGCAACACGUGAUGUGUCUCCUUCGGGGGAGAAGCGGCGGAUGAGUGGGGAGGGGGUGGCCAGAGAGGAAGCCACCGCCAGGCCUCUCUCUCUUUCUCUGCCUCUCGAAACGGGGGGCAACAUCGCCUGCCUAACUCUCUUCCUCCUCCUCCGAGCAGCAGAAGCGGACGGGAACUUAUUGCGGACUUGAUGAACUUUGCACAUCCAUAGAAACGCCAUUUUGAAUUCGAUUCCUACCCCCCCCCCCGUCUCUCUCUUUUUCUCCUCCUCCCAUCUGGGACAAACUUUGCUCCUCUCUCGUCGCGGAUCCCCUCUAGCCCCCCUACUUUGGUUUUUUUGUUCGCUUGGAAAGGAGGAACUCCGCCGCCCAUCAUCACCAUUUUUUUUUUGCAUCAUGGCUCGAUCCGGAGCAAAUCGGACAUAUAAAGUACAUUUUCGAAGAACAACCUAAAGUUUAGAAAGGGCAGUGUUGUGCUGGCCCUCCUCCUGUGUUGACACUAAGGUGAUUCCUCUGCUUUCGCUCUACCAUCUCUCUACACCUGUUUGCACCAUAAUCUCAGAAGCUAAAUCCACAAUUACCAAGGUGCUACCAAGGAGAAGAUUGGGUAUCUAGGUGGUGUUCGAUUUCUAAAUACUAAAACAGGAAAGCAGGAAGGAAGGAAACCUCACCAAACAAGUGUCAACAAAGGAAAAUGAAGAGAACAAACCCAGGAGCUUGAGCAGUUCUGCAACAGCAACAGAGUUCCCAAAGUAUUCUGGAGGCGUGGAUUUGCCUCUUCUUGACAUAAUGAUGGCAGCCAUCAUGAGCUUGGGGAACAUUGCUGAAAAUGGCACCGCAGCAACUCCGAACAUCAAAUCCCCAUCAAAACCUCUUGCUCCCAAUCGGAUUGGCAGGAGAAAUCAGGAAACAAAAGAUGACAAGUCUUCCUAUAUUUGUCCUCUGUGUGAAAAAGUUUGCACUACCCAACAUCAUCUGACUAUGCACAUUCGCCAGCAUAACACUGACACUGGUGGGACAGACCAUUCCUGCAGCAUCUGUGGAAAGUCUUUGAGCUCUGCCAGCUCCCUCGAUCGCCACAUGUUGGUGCAUUCUGGUGAAAGGCCUUAUAAGUGUUCAGUCUGUGAUCAGUCAUUUACCACCAAUGGAAACAUGCACAGACACAUGAAAAUCCAUGAGAAGGAUCCAAACAGCACUACAAGUACACCAGUGCCUGCCUCCCCAUUGAAACGCAGGCGAUCGUCUGCCAAACGAAAACUCAGUCAAGAUCAUGAGGCGGAUAAAGAAGAGAGGAGUCCUGCAAAAAAGCAAGUUGUGGAGGAAUCACAAAGUAGAGAAGCAGAGAAGAAAGCUGAGGAAGUUUAUCGUUGUCCGGUGUGUUUCAAGGAAUUUUCUUGCAAAUACGGGCUGGAGUCCCACAUGGAGGCACACCCAGAUACCUCCUUGAGGUGUGACGUCUGUUGUAUUACCUUCCGCACACAUCGGGGCUUGUUACGGCAUAAUGCAGUUAUUCAUAAACUACUUCCAAAAGACCCAACGGGAAAGCCUUUCAUUCAGAACAAUCCCUCAAUUCCAGCAGGCUUCCAUGAUCUGGGAUUCACAGACUUCUCCUGCAAGAAAUUUCCCCGCAUUUCUCAGGUCUGGUGUGAAACAAACUUGCGGAGGUGCACCAGUGAAUUUCAUCGGUAUGUCUGUGAAAUGUGCAACAAGGCAUUCCCUAUGCGCUCAGCACUCAAGCUGCACACAGAAACCCAUGCAACUGAUCAGGGAAAAGAAGAACACAAACUGCAGUCAGAGGAUGCAGACCUGAAGGCCUACAUGGAGUCCUUGGGACUGCGACAUACCAAAGAUGUUGAAUCUGCCAAGCAGGAGGAGCUUGCUCCAGAUGAUGAGGUCCAAGAAAUGCAGCUAAGAACACUGAAGUGUAAUCUACCUCAGGAACCUGGUAAUGCUAGCCAGUUGAAUGUGUCCCCCCUGGAGACUGCUGCUGUGGGUGGACCUUUCUCAGUCCUUCCCCCUACAAAGGAAAACAUCAAACUCCUGUCACUACAGCCUUUCCAGAAGGGCUUCAUAAUUCAGCCUGACAACAGCAUUGUUGUCAAACCCAUUUCUGGAGAACUAGCAGACAUCCAGCAGAUCUUAAAGAUGGCUUCUUCAGCAACCCCACAAAUCAGUCUCCCCCAGCUUGCAAAGACUUCUCACAUACCUGUGCAGUCUAUAUUCAAGCAUAUGCCUCAACUGAAGCCAAAGCCAUUGGUAGCACCUCGGACUGUGGUGGCAACCUCAACGCCACCUCCAUUGGUCAACACUCAGCAAGCCUCACCUGGAUGCAUCAGUCCAAGCCUUCCUCCAGUGCCACCCAAGCUGAUCUUACCCUCAGAAGAGUCAACUUCAAACUCCCAUCUUUCACACAGUAAAUCGGGAGCCAAACCCAGCCCUUCUGACCAGGAGAAGAUGGAGCCUGUGAACCAGCAUGAAAUCAAAACACAGCUAGAGCAAGACAGCAUCAUCGAGGCUCUUCUGCCCUUGACCAUGGAGGCAAAGAUCAAACAAGAAGUGACAGAGCGAGACUUCAAAGCCAUCAUCACUGGGACGGCAAACAAGAAGACCCCAGCCAUGAGGAAAGUCUUGUAUCCCUGCCGCUUUUGUGACCAGGUGUUUCCUUUCUCUGGGGUCUUGAGGGCUCACAUACGCUCCCACCUGGGCAUCUCCCCUUAUCAGUGUAACAUUUGUGAUUACAUUGCAGCCGAUAAAGCAGCGCUGAUCCGGCAUUUGCGAACACACAGUGGAGAGAGACCAUACAUCUGUAAAAUCUGCCAAUAUCCUUUCACGGUGAAAGCAAACUGUGAAAGGCACUUGCGCAAGAAGCACCUGAAGGCAACUAGGAAGGAGAUAGAAAAGAACAUUGAGUACGUCGCCAGCAAUGCAGCUGAGAUGGUAGAUGCCUUUUGCUCCCCAGAUACAGUGUGCAAGUUCUGUGGGGAAGACCUGAAGCAUUACCGUGCCCUCCGCAUUCAUAUGCGAGCACACAGCGGCUGUCAGAAGAAAAAGCCAUUUGAAUGCAAGGAGUGUGGCACUGCCUUCUCGGCCAAGCGGAAUUGCAUCCAUCAUCUCCUCAAGCAGCAUUUGCACAUCCCAGAGAGGGAGGUAGAGAGCUAUGUGCUGGCUGUGGAGUGCCAGGCUCCAGAGAGCCAACCGGGUCCCUUGCAGUUACUGGAAGGUAGCGCUUACACAGACUGCAAGCCCAUCACACCUUUCUUGGAAUCACAGAAUGGUGUCUUAAGGGGCACCCCCUCUCAUGCAUCGAUCAAACUUGAAACUGCAAAUAGCUUCCCUAGAAAUUUCGAUGAGCCUUUAGAUUUCUCACAAAAGAACAAAAACCUGAACUCUGUGCUAGUAAAACAGGAAAAUCCAUUUGAUUCCUCUCUCUAUGAUUGUUCCAUGGAGCCCAUUGAUUUGUCCAUCCCUAAAGCUCCAAAGAAGGAGAAUGAGGAGACCUUAAAUGAGGAGAAGAAGCAGGAACCUUUUGAUGGACAUGAAGAAAACCUUCAUAACUUUGAGCACUCUGCUCCAGCUAAUGGCAACCUGGAAAACCGUGCUAUCCGACGGUCCCAGCCAAUGAAGGGUCCACUGCAUUUGACUGUCCCAAUCAUUUCUCCGACCCUCUUGGGGAACUCAGCUUUGUUGCGACCCUUGAGGCCCAAGCCACCCCCUCUCUUGCCAAAGCCCCUCAUCACUAAAGAGCUGCCACCUCUUGCUUCCAUUGCCCAGAUCAUUUCGUCUGUGUCUUCUGCCCCCACUUUAUUGAAAACAGACUCGAUUCCCACGGCGCCCAUCGGCAACUCCACUGGGACCGAAAAGCCAGGGAACUCUAAACCAAACAUGACAAUCAUGGCUGCUGUCCAGCCCGAUCCUGGCAUUCCCAGUGAUUUGCCGGAGCGUGCAUGCAGUCCAAAUCUAUCCCAGAAGUCUCCCACUCCUGGAUCUGUGAAGAAAAGAGGCAGAAAGAAAGGAACAAAAAACAAGCCCAAGGCAAGCAGUGGGGUGGACCUAGAGUCGAGUGGGGAGUUUGCCAGUAUAGAGAAGAUGCUGGCAACGACAGACACAAAUAAGUUCAGCACAUUUCUCCAGUCAACUGCGGACUUUAAGGAAGUAGCUGAUAGAAAUGGAACCAGCGAAGAGGAAAGAGAAAUCACUGAAGAUAAACUUCUGAGAGGAAAGAGGAAUGCUUAUUCAAACUGCGUACAAAAAAUGAAGUGUCCUCGUUGCCCAAGCGUUUUUCCCUGGGCAAGCUCUUUACAGCGGCACAUGCUUACUCACACAGGUCAGAAGCCCCACCCUUGUCAAAAAUGUGAUGCCUUCUUUUCCACCAAAUCUAACUGUGAACGCCACCUCUUACGCAGACAUGGAACUGCCACCUACUAUCUGAGAAGAAAUGGGCUUGUUCCUCAGUCUAAAGAAAGUGAUGCUGGAGCUCAUGAUAGCACAGACAGUCAAUCAGAUUUGGAUAAUACAAGUGGAGGGAGCGAAGCUCUUGACUUGACCUCUGGAGAACAAGACCACCCAGAAGAGGCAACUGAAUUUCCAGAAGUAUCAACGAACAGUCACAAAGGAGAAGAGGAGAAAAUGGACCUCUCUCAAGGAGAGGGUUGGAAGGAAGAGGAGAAGAGACAGGAAGAGGCACAAGAGAAAUUAAGUGAGGGUGAUGAGGAGCCAGAAGAAGACUCUGUCAGCAACAGAAGUCUGGACCUCAAUUUUGCCAGCAAGUUAAUGGACUUUAAGCUGGCUGAAAGUGACCAGAGCACAACUAGUGGAGCUCAGACUGAACACAAGCACACUUGCAACAUUUGUGGGAAGUGCUUCAAGUUUGCAGGCACUCUUACACGACACAAAAAAGCUCAUGCACACGAUGAUGGGAGGGAUGAAAAGAGCAAUGAGGAUGGAAGCAAAGAUUUUCAGGGGACAGCCCAAGUUUCCAUUGCUCAGGAGGAACCUGCUCUUGAGCAAGAAGAAUCCAGAAUGGACACCAAGAUAGUAGAAGCCACCACAGAUGGUGAGGCAACAGGAAGGGAGAAUGAGGAGAGCGAAAGCAUCUCUGAGGGGGAAAGCAUGGAGAGAAAAUCUUCUGAGAAGAGUGACGAUGAAAGAAAGCCAAAGGCUAAUGGUGGGGUUAAAGGUGAAUCAAAGGCAGACAAGAGAAAGAAAGUUUGUACAGUGUGCAACAAGAGAUUUUGGUCUCUGCAAGACUUGACACGGCACAUGAGGUCCCAUACAGGGGAGCGACCUUACAAAUGUCAAACCUGCGAACGGACCUUUACUCUGAAGCAUAGCUUGGUUCGCCACCAGCGGAUCCACCAGAAGAUAAAGAGUGGAAAGAACCACGAGAAAGAGAGUGACAAGGAGGAUGUCCGCUCCAGGGAGGAAGAGGAGGAUAGCGAAAGUGAGUCUCUCCACAGCAGCACCAAUCCCAUCUCAGAAACCGAAAACGACUUGCUGGUGAAACAGGAAAGCUCAUCGCCGGUCACUCGGAGCCGCAAAGAGAGCCUUGCCAAUGCUGCAAAGGAUCCUAUUAACAAGGAGGACAGGCCAGUCCUACGAGCAGCUGGCCCGUGUCCUGCCGAGUCCAGCAAGAACACCCAGAAGCAAGCAUCAAAAGAGCAGGAGUCUCCUCGGGGAAAGGGGGAUCGUGAGAGCCCCUCGGGCUUAAUCCAGGACUUACUGGAGAUUCACAACAAAAAACCUUCCAUGAAUCAUAUUCUUGCCUCGGCAGAGAAUGCGCCUCAGCUCUUGGGAGUUGAAUGACAGCUGUGAUGCCUGGCGUGCCCCAAAAACUGAUCCAGCACACACAGAGAUGGGGAUGGAGUUGACCACACAACCCCUCCCCCCAGAUGUUGAAUCAUCCUGCUGUUUUGAUGAGGGGAGGGGAGUGGGAGAUGGGGUAUGGCAGUCUGAAAUCAGUGCCAUAAAUCUUUCAGUAUAAAUAAUGCAAGAGACUACAGUUAUAUACUGAUCUGAGUGCCUUACUACUUUAUUAGGUCUUUUGGUAUCAUAGAUUUUUUUAAGACAAAAAGAUGAUUUUUUAAAAAAUAUAUUUUAAUGAAACUAUUUGGAGAGGACCUUCAUUUUUUUUCAUUUAAGCAUUAAUGUUACUUUUUGUAUUGGGGUGUGUGAGCUUGUUCUUGUAUAUCUGUGAUAGCCGCUUUUGUGUGUGCUCUGAGCUGGAAACAAGGGGUCAGUGGGGCGAGGAAGCCCUUAGAAACUGUAGCCAAUAACUGGAAGAAGACUUUAAAAGACACCCCCAAUAGAGGAACUGCAAAUAAGGUGUUGAUUUUGUUUUUUGUUUUCUUCUUUUCUUUUGUCUUUCUUAUUAGACAUUGUUUGUAUUUGCCACAUGGGGGAGAAUUAGCCAGUCCCGGGUAUGGUUGAUUAAGGCUUUCAAACUUGGUCCAAGCCAAAACCAGGAAAAACUUAAAGUUAAGCCUCACUUGCUUCCCCUUUCUUUUUCUUUCUUUCUUUCGUUUUCUCCCUACAUUGGCAAUUAUGAUGUUCUAGCUACUGUCAUUUUGAAAAAUGCUCUUUCUGGCCAUUGUGGACCUUUGAGAGCAUAGAAAGAGUUGCAUAGCGACUUUAAAACCUAUGGAAAUUAUGCACCCACUGUUAUAUAUAUAUGUUUGAUUUGUGCUUCUAUAUAUUAUUGUUAUUUUAAUAUUUUAUAAAUUUUUGUCAGUUGCUAGUCUCUGCGUUCAGCAGAAAACCAAUGGGCAAUAUUUGUCCGCGGAGAUCUACAACGCAGCUUGGAUGGCCUGCUUAAAUGCUUCUGAUCUAAUCUCUCUCUGACUCUCCCCUACUGGGUUUGCAACUCUUUCUACUGUAUUUUCUAUAGAACCCUCUUCCCCUGAGUACAGCGCCAAACGGAGGCCAAGUGCAACCUAGAUGGACUGAAUGUGUGUUGCAAUAGGUGGAGGUGGGAAGAGAAAUCUCAGCACCGAGCCCCACCUGUACUUUACAUGUGUACAAACCAUAGGCUUGUUUGAGCAAAGGCAAGGACUUUGCAUGGGCAGAUCCCACCUAUGUCUUGUUUGUAUACCACUUCAUCACACUAAAGAAAAAAUACACUUAAAAUCCAUUUUCUGCCUCCUACAGAAUUCUGGAGUUUGUAGUUUUGGGAGGCUAUUAAAGGCUCCUCCCUAAACUACAAACCCCAGAAUUAUGCAGGAGGCAGAAACCGAUUUUUAAUUGGAUUUUUUCUCUAGUGUGAUGAGGCUAGGUGAGGAGUGAGCCUUGGUGCUAUGAUUUCUCUUUCCGCCUCCACUCCCAUUCAAAUUCAGUUUAUCUAGAUAGGUGUCAUCAGAGCCUCAGUAGAUAUUGGAAAUGCAGGUGACAGUUCAAUGAGAACUAAGAAGAAGACUUGGCAAGCUGGCAUGAAGAGGAAUGUUAAGGGAAAGGGAGCCCUCCCAAUUGCAAGCAGAAAGCACUGCAAAUCCCAUGAGGUUAAUAUUGUUCAAAACCACAACUGUUAUUUUUUUACACUGAUGAAUAAGAUGUUCAGUCUUCCAAAAUAAAAUGGGGGGGGGGAGCCUUAAAUUAACUUGCUACCUUAACGUGCUUUAAAAGAAGGAAACAAAUCAGUACUACUGCCAAUACAACUUACAGAUUGAGAAAACCCAACUUCCUUCCCAAUCUUUCAGGAGGUUUUCCUAAAUACUUAACAAUGUGGGGAAUUGGGAUUAGUCCAUGUAUCCUGUUGCCGGCAACAGGAGGCAUUAUAAAAUGCCAACUUUAGGACUGUAAUGCACAGGCCAGUUAAGCUGGUGUGCUAGGAUUCAAGAUCUGUUUCCACCCUGAAGUAUAGCCCAUUAAUUUUGAAAGAGAGAAAGAAAAAUAGUAGAGUUGCCUUUGGCAUAAAUUAAUUUUAAAUAUGGCUGUUUGCUACGUUCUCGUAACAAUGCAAGAGCAAAUUGGAAGGUUCAAAUCUUGAUCAUGUUCCUACUUAUUGUUUGACUCUGGUCCACUAUGCAGAUCUUACAACCAUGUGUCACAAGAAUAACUGGACCUGUCACAAGAAUAAUUAGAUCUCUGACAUUUCAUCAGUCUGGCAUGACGUACAUUUAUAUCUUUGGGUGAUUUUUCUGAUUGUAUACCCUGAUCUUUAGGAUGGAAGGGGAAGUAACACUGGAAUCAUCCCUCGGUUUCUUGUUUGUGGGCCCAGUGCUCACUCAAAGUGAUUCCUCUUUCCCUCCAAAAGAAUGGAGCCUUUGGCAACACAACCACAUGUGUGGACUUACCCUUUUUGUCAGCAACAAGCCAUACACCCAUGGGGCAUCACUGGAUCACAGCCGGUCUUUUAUCAUCAGCCUCGAGACAGAUGACAUCCAUGUUUGUGUUCAGCUUAACUUAAGAGUUCAGAAAAGUUGAUUUCUUGGACUAUAAGAUUCUAGAACUUGUAGCCCAAAAACUCAACUUUUCCAAAAUCUGGAUACUUACAGAUCAAGCAUAGGCAUUCCAACGAAAUAGGUGUAUUUUGCAACAUAUAGGUUAAUGCACAUCUUCCCUUCUAGAGCAAAGGAAGGCAGUGUAUUUCCGGAGCCUCUCUUUGGUGUUCCUCACUUUGAGCCCUUUUCAUUCACACUGUUAGAUACUCAACCACCACUGUCUCUAUACCUCAAAUUAUGCUCUUCGACAAGAACCUUUGAAAAUAAAAUGGGACUUGUGCAGGUAUAAUAGACUUGGAUGCGCCUUCAGAAUUGGAAGAAGGGAAUAUUAUGCCAAUCUGCUUAAUAUCCACUAUUUCCUGGAGGGUUCAGUCAGAUGAGGGGUUGGGAGAUGAUUUUGAAGCAAUAAUAUUUCAUAUAGAAUUUUUUAAUAAAGAGGGGAGAGAGAAGGAUGUUAGAUAUAGAUUUGAUUUUUGUUGAGGGUAUGUUGAAAAAUCCUGAAACCAUUCCUUCGGCUUAGUAAAAAACAAAACAAAUACCAAUGAUUCCUCUUUUAUAUUAAAAUAAAGAUCCUGUUAAAUGAACAUGUUCAUCAAUGCCAACUUAUGCACCCCUUAAUUUUUAUUGUUAUUAUAUUAUAAUUAUUAUAAUUAUUAUUAUUAUUUGGGGAUUUUCGUUUUUUGGCAGCUCUCCACACUAAACUGCGCGCAAUACUGUGGGAGAGAAGCCAUUAACUAAACCAGGACUGUCAAACCCGUGUUCUCUCCCGGACUGGGUGGGUGAGUUCCCCCCACGAAGAUGCUUCAUAGUCUUUCCUAGCAAGCUUGAAACAUGGCUUCCGUCUGGGGGAGAAGAGGGUGCAAAUUUGACAGACCUGAACUAAACUUUAUGCUGCAGAAAUAAUGUAGCAAAUAAUUUCCCAGCACCCUGCCGGGACAUCUGCUAGCAAUAAUCACUAUUGAUUUAAAGCUUUAUUUAGCCUUUAUCUGUAUCCAAGUAGAUUUAUUAAAUCUUGCCACAUUUUACUGAUGUUUUUAUUAGUUGCAUUUGAUGGAGGAAGAAAAAAAACCUUGUCCUUAUUUUCUUGUUCUGUUUUCCUCUUGUUGACCUGCUCCCGUCUCCUCACAUCCACCUCACCCCCCCCCCUUUAAUAUUAAACUGUGAAAUUUAUAAUGUGUUUAAACUAUGGGUGAAUCUUAGGUUUAGUUUUGCAUGUUCAGUUAAUUCGUUUCUCUACAUCUUUUUGAUUUCCCUCCCCCCAUUUUUUUUUCCUCUUCUCUCAGGGCUUUUAAAAAAAACAACCUAUUUUUUCUGCAAUUGUCAAAAUUUUCAAUGGAGCUAAUGGUGAGAAUCCAAUCACUACAAUAAGCACUUGACUGUGAAAGCAUAGAAAGAAAGAAGGAAAAAGGAAAGGAAACCAGGUUCAAAUGUUUUUAGCUAUAAUGAUGCAGCUGAACCGGAACAAGCUCUGUUGAUGGAUUAAUUCCCAUUUCCAAAUGGUGUAUGUUUUCCCUCACCUCCUCACACUGAUCACAACUUCUUCCAUUACCCUAUAAUAGGGGCAGGAGUACCUCCAUAUCCUAUGAUGAGCCUGUGCUAUGUUGUCUCCUGAGUUGCUUGGAUCAUGGAACUGUGGUGUUAAAUUAACAAUGGUAAUGCUUAGGCCAGUGCUUCUCUACCUGUGGGUCUCCAGAUGCUUUGGCCUUCAACUCCCAGAAAUCCUAAGACAGUGGUUCUCAACCUGUGGGUCCCCAGAUGUUUUGGCCUACAACUCCCAGAAAUCCCAACUGGUUUACCAGCUGUUCAUAUUUCUGGGAGUUGAAGGCCGAAACAUCUGAGGACCCACAGGUUGAGAACCAGUGUCCCAACAGCUGGUAAACUGAGAUUUCUGCGAGUAGUAGACCAAAACACCUGGUGACCCACAAGUUGAGAACCAGUGUUACACCUUUUAGCCCAAAGUAGAACAACCUAUGGCUGUCUCAAUAUUUUUUUUAUUCCAAUUCCCAUGAUCAGUCCUCCACCAUUGACUAUGUUGGCUAGGGCUGUAGGAAAUAAUGGUCUGGCAAUAUCUGGCUGCAACUAUUCCGGUUUCAAAGAAAAUUAUGGGGCAAACAUCCCUGAGAAAGCAAUCAGGAAAAGACACUUAUGCCAUGUAAAGCAUACUUGUCUCUAUUUCUUUCAGCCAUAGCUAAUACUGCCAAUGUUUCGAGGAACCAACGUCUCAAUCACAGGUUCUUUCCUCGCUUCGUUCCUGUGCCGGUAGGACAUGUUUUUUGUUAGAGGAGUUGGAGUAUGGGAAAGGAGGCUGCCUUUUCACCCCUCUCCCUUUCUCCACUCAGGAAGGAAAUUUGAAAUCCCACAAAUUUCAGUCCCUGCAAGGAAAUGACGAUUAAGAUGUAGAAUUCCUAUUAAAUAUAUAAAUAUAAAUAUAUAUAAUUUCUUUUUGAAAGGGAACGUUUAAAAACUGCUGCUACGAGUUGUGUACAAGACUGGUUUAUGCCACAUGAACAGAGAAUCACGUGUUUUGUUUGGGUACUUCUAUUCCUCUUUUCAUUCAGUUGUACGUUACUUCCAAAUUCAAAGUGAUAAAUGCUGUUCUGUAUCAAACAAUCUACGCAAUAAAAUGUUAUAUUAAAAACAACACUCAA